AAGGGUCCCUUCUCUGUCCUUUUCAUCGAUACUCCUCUGCUCAAAUCGCUAGAUAGACCCCAAUCAGGAUAUCAGGGACAUCGUUCGUAUUCCCCUUCUUUGCCUGUGUCUCGACUACAAGGGCCUCGGACGAGACUUCUUCUAUACAUUCUUGUUUUUGUCUCACCCAGAAACGAGAAAAACCCCCCUCCUCCACACUUACAUCAUAGUCAGCGGCCGAAGCCUAUUGUCAUAGCUCCCCGUUGAUCCUUCAUCCUCCCCGUCCAUCCGCCUCACACGCAAGACACAUCAUCACGAUGCGCUUCACUACAGCUCUCGCUACUCUGCCGCUCCUGGCAGGCGCCCAAGAUGUGCCCCAGUACCAGGCCCAGUUCCAGAACUAUCUGGACAAGGUCUGGUCGUACAUCCCCAACCCGAGCAAGUCGGACCCCGUUGGCGCCGCCGAGGCCAAGGUUGGUGAGCUGAAGCUCGAUGUCCUCUCGCUCAACAACUGGCACCAAGUUCUGUACAGCCAUGUCACCCCGCAGCAGACUGCUCCUGAGGAGACUUGGGUCCUGAUCACUGGUGGAAACAAGACGUGUUUCGGCCACUGCGACAGGAUCGAGGAAGCCUUCAACCAGACUGCCGCCAAGUUUGCUGUCACCCCCGGCGCACCUCACACCGCGAUCCUCAACUGCGAGAACGAGCCUGUACUGUGCAACUCUUGGUCUGCGCCCGCUGGCGCCCUUUGGAUCUUCGAGAUGCAACCUCAGCCAGCCGCCAUCGAUCUCUACGCCAAGCGCUUGAACUUGACCACCGUCACGAGCGACGAUUUCGUCCAGUUGCAAAAGGACGGCCACAGGGAGUCGAGCAAGCUUCACGACGGCAUCUUCCACCCUUUCAAUGGUUGGUUCGCCCAGAACGGAGUGUCGACCCUCGUUGGCUACGUGCUCUGGGGCUUCAACCUGGUGCCCAGCUGGCUCUUCAUGGUUGUCGUGUCCAUGCUUAGCAGGACUAUGAUGUCUAACCGUGUGAACAACCAACAAGCCGGUGCUCCCCGACCUGCCGCUACCGGUCAAGCUGUGCCCCGAUAGACGCCUCGCCCGUCAGACGGCCGCGCUUUGGAACCAAGAAACAGAAUUUGAAUCAACACAAGGGUUCAUUCAGGAAGGAGAACCAGAGUAGUCGUCAUCUUCCCAGUUGAAGAGUUGCACGAUGCUGGUGCGGGAGAAGACUUUCGGAUCGUGUAGUCAUAGUUACCCAGU